GUGUGUAUGAGAGAGAGAGGGAGAAAGAGAAAUAGAAAGCGGCAGAAAAGAGCAAAGGAAGGACACAGAAAGAGAAACUGUGUUCAGUGUUUAAAAAUAGACAACACUGCAGUAUCAUGAGUCCUUAAAAUGAUAGAUAUAUAUCUAUAUAUAUAAGUAUGUGCACCCCUGACCAUCACACCCAUAUGUGCUUGUUGGUGAACGUCCUGUUCCAGGUUUAUUCCCCGUCGCUGUUAUAACGUGCUCCACUUUCUCUUCUGGGAAGACUUUCCACUAGAUUUUUGGGCGUGGCCAUGGGGAUUUGUGAGUGUGAUUUGGGGAUUUUGGGGCGUGGCCGUGGGGAUUUGUGAGCGUGAUUUGGGGAUUUUGGGGCGUGGCCAUGGGGAUGUGUGAGUGUGAUUUGGGGAUUUUGGGGCGUGGCCGUGGGGAUUUGUGAGUGUGAUUUGGGGAUUUUGGGGCGUGGCCGUGGGGAUUUGUGAGUGUGAUUUGGGGAUUUUGGGGCGUGGCCGUGGGGAUUUGUGAGUGUGAUUUGGGGAUUUUGGGGGCGUGGCCGUGGGGAUGUGUGUUCAUUCAGCUACGAGAACGUUAGUGGUGUUGAGGUCAGGCGCUGAUGUUGAUGUGAGGAGACUCCAGUUCCAGUUCAUCCCGAAGGUGAUGAGUCAGCGUGGUAGAGGUCACGGCUCUGUGCAGAGUUCUCAAGUUCUUCCACCUUCUUCCAUCCUUCUCGCACCACGUCUUCAUGGCGCAGUCGGCUGAGCUCUUGUUGCCCCUAGACGCUUUUCUGUUUCACAACAAUAACACUCACAGUUGACCGGGGCAAACCAGCAGAGCAGAGACUUCACACGCUGACGUGUGGUGAAGGAGGCAUCCUGUGCUUCCAGAUUUAAAGUCACCGAGCUCCUCGUUACGACCCGUCUCACUGCCGGCGUGUGUCUAAAGAGCGUGCACGGCUGUGUGCUUGACUUUAUUCACCUGUUAGCGAGCUGGUUUUUAGCUUUCAGCAGCUUGCAAGAGUUGAAAUGCCGUAGGUUCACGAGUGUGACGGUUCUCCGGGGUUGGAUUGGAGAUGAGGAAGCCGUUGGCAGGCUGAAGGACAGUUCAAAAGGGCUCUUUAUUCUCUUUGUUUUUGCUUUUGCUUUACAGCUCACUAAACACACACGGCUUUGUGCUGGUCAUCUCUCUCUCUCUCUCUCUCGCUCUCUCUCUCUCUCCCCCUCUCCCUCUCUCUCUCUUCUUCUCUCCCUCUCUCUCUCUCUCGUCUCUCUCGUAUCUCUCGUAUCUCUCGUAUCUCUCUCUCUCCUCUUUACCCUCGUCACUGUUCACUAAAACACAGAACACUUGUUAGCAAGAUUUCCCACAGGUAUGUAAUCCUUACCACUCACCUUCUCUGGCUCCGCCCUCCAUUCACAAACCGGCCCUCAACCACGCCCCUGCUUCCACAAGAAGAAUGAGAAUGUGUGUCAGACAGGUUCCUCCGUUGUUCUUGAGGAUUUUAAGCAGAACCCAGCAGUAAAGUGUUUGAAUGUCAGAAAGGAUUGGAGUAAUUAUUUAUGAUGCUGGCAACCUGACACGACUAUGUGUUGGUGUUGGUGUUGGCUCUGUGUGCAGGCUGCGUGUGUGAGCCUGUGGAGAACGCCGUCAACACCACACGACUCAUUAACACGCUGUGGAUCAUCAGGAACAAACCCACGUCCCCGGUAAAUCUGACAUGUGUCUGUUUGUGUGAGUGUCGGCGUGUUGUUCAGCUCAACAUCAACGAUUCAGCGAUUGAGGUGAAGGAGAGCGAGCGAGAGAUGCUGGAGGACGAGUGUGUGAAGCUGGUGAAGGAUCUCAGCACGAAGAAGGAAUCAAGAGACUUGUCUGUGUUGUCUGUUGCGACUCCGCUCGUAGGAGCUUCGGUCUUCAUCACUCUUCUUCUGCUCAGCUUCGCAAUGUUUAAAAGACAAGAGUCUCAGGCUGGAGGUGUUUUAGGCUCUCUUAUUCAUUAUCCAGCUCACUCUCUGGAGAGGACGACGAAUCCGGGAGCAUUUCUACCUCCAGAGACUAAAAUUCCCUACUGACACGGUGAAGAUGUGAGAGUGAUAGUAUACUGUGUUAAACUAUAUUAUAUUAACUAUAUUAUAUGGUGCAGAUUACAACCUUUCUGUGUAAAAUAACAGUCUAUUACACUCCUACAGCAUUUACAGAGUGUCCAGAUGAGAGCUCGUCUUGUAGAAGGAAAGGAUUUUUACUGCAACACACACACACACAUACACACACACACACAUACACACACACACACACACACACUUCUUACAAGUGGCUCAAGAAUACACGGUGGUGUGUAACACUUUCUUGCUGCACUGAAAGUCGUACAGGACUCAAAACAGCUGAAAUGCAAACUGAGACUUCAUCAGUGUUCUUUACUAAGGCUCCAUCCCAGACAGACUCUGCUCUAACGAAACUUAUUUAGAACUGCAAGGGUCUUUGCUUCUUUUCUUUGUAGGGAAAAACUCUCUAUUUCUUAUCUUUUUCAUCAAUAAGUUGAAGUUGAACUUUUCAGACUUGCAGUGUUUAUUUGUCUUGUUAGCCAUACCGUGGUACAUCAGUAUAAUGCAUUUAUUACUUUUUCCCCUCUCUCAGACUCUCUGAUUGCCACAAAUGUACACAACAUGAUGUAAUGUCCUGCACUUGUAAGAUAAGAUCGGUGAAUCAUUAAAGCACAAAGAAGGCUUUAUAAACAUUAUAAGCAUGAAUGAAUGCUAAACUAUACUCUGUCUGUUUUGAUUCUGUUAAAAAUUAAUGCUAAUAAUACACAUCAUUCACUGUUUUUUUUCCUUGUUCAAAUUAUUUCAAAUGUAUUUUUUAUUUCCGUUUAAAACAAGUCUACACUAUAAUAUACUUAAUAUUUCUAAUAAAGCACUUUUCGAAAGAAACA